AUGGGAAUUCGUUUGCUUUCGAUACUCCUUGGUGCUGCUAAGCAAAUUCUCAAGAUGCAGUCUGUUUCUGUAGUAUGUCAGUCAAAUGUUCCCAAAGGCCACAUUCCGGUUUACGUAGGAGAAACCGAGAGGAAGCGGUUUUUUGUUCCGAUAUCGUACUUGAGUCAUCCUUCGUUCGUGGACUUGCUCGAUAGGGCUGAAGAAGAGUUUGGAUUCAGCCAACCAACUGGAGGUUUGACGAUUCCCUGCAAAGAAGAAGCCUUCAUUGAUGUUACUUCUAGACUGCACACUUCAUGAAUGAUUUGUGAACAAGGAGCAAUUCUCCUCACAGUUUUGACAAAUUUUUCCUCUUCAUCUUAGUGUAUAAGGAAAAUUUUGUAUGUAAAUGGUUAGAUUAGAAAAAGUGGAGAGUUACAAAGCCACUUGAACAGCCUGACAAAUAUCAGUUGAAAUAAAACUUUGAUUUUUUUUUUUUGCAAACAAGGCCUUAUUCACCACUAAUUAUCAACUUAUUCUUGUUUGCAAUUAAGUGCGAAGAUGGUCCUCUCGGGCUUUCCCUCAAGAUUUUAAAACGCGUCUGCUAGGAAGAAGUUUCCACACCCUUAUAAGGAAUGCUUCAUUCCUCUCUCCAACCGACGUGGGAUCUCACAAUCCACCCUCCUUGAAGGCCUCCAGCGUCAUCGCUGACACACUGUUCGGUGUCGGGCUCUAAUAUCAUUUGUAACAGCCCAAGCCCACUGCUAGCAGAUAUUGUCCUCUUUGGGCUUU